GCUCCCCCUUUUUAUGCAGCUACUCCCCGGAAACAAAGGCGCGAACGGACCACCUUCACCCGGGCCCAGCUGGAUAUUCUGGAGGCGCUCUUCGCCAAGACUCGCUACCCCGACAUCUUCAUGCGCGAAGAGGUGGCCCUGAAAAUCAAUCUGCCUGAAUCCAGAGUACAGGUGUGGUUCAAGAAUCGCCGGGCCAAAUGCCGCCAGCAGCAACAGCAGAGCACGGGCCAGGCCAAGGCGCGCCCGGCCAAGAAGAAGACCUCUCCUGCCCGGGAGACCAGCUCAGAAACCAGCACCAAUGGUCAGUACAGCCCCCCGCCGACUGGCACAUCCGUUACGCCCAGCUCUAGUGCCAGCGCCACCGUCUCCAUCUGGAGCCCGGCCUCCAUCUCCCCGAUUCCAGACCCCCUGUCUGCCUCCACUACCCCCUGCAUGCAAAGAUCCACCGGCUACCCCAUGACCUAUACCCAGGCCCCCGGUUACACCCAGACCUACGCCGGAUCCACCUCCUACUUCAGUGGCCUCGACUGCAGCUCCUACCUGUCUCCCAUGCACCCGCAGCUGUCUGCCCCCGGAGCCGCGUUGAGCCCCAUCGCUACCCCCACCAUGGGUAGCCACCUGAGCCAGUCUCCGGCCUCCUUGUCCAGCCAGGGCUACGGCACAGCCGGGCUGGGUUUCGGCUCCGUGGAUUGCCUAGACUACAAAGACCAGACCUCCUCCUGGAAGCUCAACUUCAACACCACCGACUGCUUGGAUUACAAAGACCAGAGCUCGUGGAAAUUCCAAGUCUUGUGAAAGUCCAGGUUUGCUCCACUCGCUUCCCUUUGAAGAAGUUCCUCCUCCUGUCGCGUAGCACCUUGAGACAGCUUCCUCCUCCCACCCCUUGGGGUGUGACCCGCCCACCCACCCGUCCGCCCACCCAGCUUGCUUCUUCUCUCCUCCCCACUUGAUCUUCCAGACUCUUCCGGAAAGCGGAGAAGCCUUUGCGCCCUCCAGAUCAGCACCGAGGGGGUUUGGCUCGAUUGUCAAACGCAGAUUUUUGGCACCACUCAGUCUUUCUCCGCUGUUUUCGGAGACCCUCAUCUGACAACGGGUUGGGAACGGUGGAUCCACACGGACGCUAGGAACUCAAGACCAGCUUGGACAUGUAACUCCUUCAGAUACUUGACUUGAACUCGGUGACCGGUAGCCGAUCGCCUCCUCCCACCAAGUGGGCCGAAGUUCAAAAUCUUGGUCUGGGGGAGACCUGAACUCCAGGAUGUGUUUUACAAAACCAGCAUCAAAGCCCACCAGGUUGGGGUCUUCACUCGGCACGUUCUUGGGUACGGCAGAUUCCUCAGAAGAACCUGUUGAGAGACAGCUGCCCCAGAAGUCCUGUUUCCUCUUUUCCCCCUUUUCACGCUGCCUCUUCUGGGUCUUAAGAGAUAGCAGCGUCGGUCGCUUGGACGGGACUUUUUCACCACGGGGUGUGCUUCCCGAAUGUUGCCUUGCAGCCAUUUUGAGAGGCAAUAGUGAGGAGAGAAUGAGUGGAAGGAAGGGCGUCCAUUUUGAUUUUCCACUUCAGGCGCUGCAGUGUCUUGGUUUGACGCUGGGUGUAUUAUUUUCAAACCCAUCGUGAUUCUCUUUGGACUACACUCUUUAUACUCAGACGGUCUUUUAACGAAAACAGCUAUGGGCAGAUGGGAAGGGGCACACGGCCCUAUCUUGGGGAGCAGUUUGGACUAGUGAAGACAAUGAGGGCAGCUUCAGUUUUUCCACAGAACAAGCGACCCACUCCCAUUUUGACUGAAUGAAAAUAGCAGACGGUAAUCUUGUUCUCCGUGUUGUGUGAAAGCUUAUCUGAGGUCUAAGAUUUAAGUCCCCUAGUGCCUGAGAAGGCCAACAAGAUUUCCAGGGUAUAAGCUUUCAGACUAGCCCGAUCUUGUCAGAUCUCGGAAGCUACGUAGGGUUGGCCCUGGACAGUCCUUGGAUGGGAGACUAGCAAGGGUGACUCUGCAGAUACAGGCAAUGGCAAACCACCUCUGAAGGUCUCUUGCCCUGACUUGGAUGGC